GCAGCAGUCAUCUGCUCCCUUUAACAGCCUGAACCUCCCAGCGCACAGCGAAAGACAAAUGGUGGCUGUAAAUGUAGUUACCGAGCGGCGGCCUCUCAUAUCAAGACAGCUGAUGAACUGAUGAAUUGCCAUGUUCAAUUACCGCGAUUUGUGAUUCGUCGACGAGGCUACAGCCGAAGGGUUUAUCAAGGGUUUUGAGCGAACGCCGUCUCGCCGUUUCUCGGAUGUGACACCAUUCUCUCUUCCCGUCCAUGGAGGUCCCGAACCCCGCAAUCUUAACCAGACCUCGGUCCUUCUUUUCAUCAUCAAUUUUCUGUCCCAAGAAGAAACUUUACAAGUUCAAAAUACCCAAUUCAAGGUUGCCCAUUUGCCCGCCACUUUCGACGCGUUUAGCGUUCUCUGCUACUAGGAAUCUUCGAGUAUCGGCUAGCUCUGGCCGCUCCACUAAUCGCCGGAACUCGCUGAGGGAAAAACUUGCUGAAAAGCAACAGGUGCGUAUUGAUUCUAUAGUUUUUGAACCAAGUUCUGGUAACGAGCGUUGCUCCUUCAAUUCGGACAAUGGUAGUCUCCGAGAAAGCGAGUUUAAUUAUAAUGCCGGGGAGUCAAAAUCAAAUUCUCUGGGUGAAUCUGUUUUAUGGAAUAAAUUGGAGAAUUGGGUUGAUCAGUAUAAGCAGGAUUCGGAGUUUUGGGGCAUUGGGUUUGGUCCUAUAUUUACUGUGUUUCAAGACUCACGAGGGAUUGUCGAGAGGGUUGUUGUUAAUGAGGACGAAAUCUUGAGAAGAAGUGGAAUAGAUUCGAGUUUGUAUAAGCAGAACGAACUUGUGGACUUCACGGAAGUGAACUCGAAAAUAUCUCAUGCUAAAUUUCUGGCUAGAGAGUUCGAGAGCGGGAAUUUUGUGCUUCCAAAGAAUAGUUCCGUUGCUAAGUUUGUAGUUUCUGAUCGGCAGCAGGGUUUUGUUAAUGCAAUUCGGGCUUUUACGCUUGGACCUAGUUUGUCUAGGAAGCUCUCAAGAUUAGGAAUUAUGGUGUUGUUUGGUUGUUUUGUGCUAUGGGCAAUAAAGGCAGCGCUGAGCGGUGGGAAAGAUAAGGAAGAGUAUACUAGAUUGGAGAAAGAAAUUAUGAGGAGAAAGAUAAAAGCAAGAAAGGAGAAAGAGAAGCUGGUGAAGGGUAGUGUAGAAGUUGUUCAGGAUAGUGUCGAGCCACAUAUGGUGUCUGCUGAAAGGCCUACGCUCAACAAGCAGGAUCUGGUGGAUAGUAUUAUGAAAGCUAAAGCAUCAAGUAAUAAACCAGCAGCACACGGAUCUUCUAAUAUUCAUGCUUCUGAAAGUAAGGAGUUUGAUAGUAAAAUUCAGGAGAUCAGAGCAAUGGCAAGGGCGGCAAGAGAGAUUGAGAGAGGAGAUGUUUCACCAGGUGAUAGUGAUGGAGGAGAUGAUCUAAACGUUAGCAAGCUGUCCAAUCGACAGGAAGUGGACAAAUGGCAUAGAGAGGGAGAUCCGGGAGAUAUGGAUCUCCUGAAUAACCAGUCUAAUGAAUAUUUGGGCCAAACAGGAGGUCUUAAUGGAGCUUCAAUGCCUUUGUCUUUACCUGAUAUGAAGAGCAAUGAUAAUGGAUCUAAUGAGGAAGCUUUGUCAGAUACUGGCAAUAGGCAAGCUUCUGUGACUUCGAUCACGAAAACUUCCCGUGACCAUGAGACCGCCUCAACAGAUAUGAUGAAUAUUGAGAAUGAAGUAAAGGUGAUGGAUAUUGCCGAAGUGAGCCAAUUACCCAGUACUUCAAAAUCCCAGUCGAGCAAACUAAAGAAAAGGUUCAGAGCAAAACCAAGGGUGAUAUCUUCAGUUAAGGAAGCUAGGGAGUUCCUCUCUCAAAAAUGUGACAAACUAGAGCCAAAGCAAGAACUCCAAGAUAGAAAUGCGCUAGAAGAUGCAGCAAUUUCAAGUCUUGAUAGUGGAAAGGAAACCGAUGACACCGCAAAGCAGAUAUUGGACAAAGACACUGAAGUGUCUGACCAUACCGCUCUAGAUGGCAGAUCAGAUUUUAACCCUGAUAUUAAUGACCACUAUGUUUCUGUUAUGAAGAGAAGGGAAACUCUUCCAACAGAAAGAAUUGAUCCUGAAGUUGCUGAUGAAGGACCGAAGGAGAAUGGUCUUUGGAUACCAAGAGCUUUAGGUCAUGAAGAAAAUUUUAACAGUUUAGAGACAGGAUCAUCUAGUUUCUCAUUGCCAAGUGAAAGGGAAAUAGAUAAUGGCACUGGCCAGGUACUGGACAAGGAAAACAAUGGCUUCCAAUAUGCCAUUUUAGGCGGGCCAUUAGAUUCUGUGUCUGCUGCAAGUGCUUGUGGAGAUUCUAAUCCAAAAGUAAGAGAUAGUGAUCCUGAAGAUGUUGGGGGAAAUGAUAAAGUGGAUAAUCUGCAAAAUCCCCCAAUUUCCUUAAUUCAUGAAAGCAACAGUAGAAGUACAGAGAUGGUACCAUCAGUCAGUAGGGAGAACUGGGUAGCAAAAAAUUUUCAUGAACUCGAGCCUCUAGUCAAGAAGAUUGGAGGUGGCUUCAGAUAUAACUAUAUGGAGGCUAGGGAAAAAGUUAAACAAGAAUUAUAUUUAAAUUCAGAUAUUAUACAGCCCAAAUCUGAUGAAAAUGACGAUGAAUUUGACUGGAUGAAAGAUGACAGGCUUAGAGAAAUUGUGUUUCAAGUCCGGGAGAAUGAGUUAGCAGGGAAAGAUCCAUUUUACCAGAUGGAUGAUGAAGCCAAACUCAAAUUCUUUCAGGGACUUGAGAGAAAAGUUGAGAAAGAGAAUCAGAACCAGUUAAAUUUGCAUAAGUGGAUCCACUCAAACAUUGAAAACCUUGACUAUGGUGCAGAUGGUAUCAGCUUAUAUGAUCCACUGGAGAAAAUUAUACCCCGUUGGAAAGGUCCUCCAAUAGAUAAAAAUCCCAAGUCCCCUGAUAGUUUUCUUGAGAGAAAUAAAAGCUUUUCUAGAAAUUCAAGUAAUUCAUACAUUGAGAGAGAGGAUGGGCAAGGCUCCUGUCAGAAAGCUAAAGAAUUUUUCUCCAACAAAAAUACUCUGUCAACUUCAGAAGUAAGUAACAAGAAUAUUAAACUUCUCAAUGGUGUUUCAAAGAGCCACAAGACAGUUAUUGAAAGCAGCAAUGGUUCUGUUAGAGCAGGCAAAAAGUCAGGAAAAGAGUACUGGGAGCACACAAAGAAAUGGUCCCAAGGGUUUUUGGAAUCUUACAAUGCAGAGUCAGACCCGGAAAUCAGAGCUGUCAUGAAGGAUGUAGGGAAGGAUUUGGAUCGAUGGAUCACCGAGAAAGAAAUACAGGAAGCGUCCGAUCUGAUGAAUAAGAUACCUGAGAGGGGACGGCAAUUUGUUGAAAAGAAACUUAAUAAGGUCAGAAGAGAAAUGGAACUUUUCGGGCCACAAGCUGUUGUGAGCAAGUACCGUGAAUAUGCAGAAGAGAAGGAAGAUCAUUUAUGGUGGCUAGAUCUACCCUUUGUACUGUGUAUCGAAUUGUACACAUAUGAAAGUGAGGAACCGAAUAUAGGAUUUUAUUCACUCGAGAUGGCAGCAGAUCUCGAAUUGGAUCCAAAGCAGUAUCAUGUGAUUGCUUUUGAGGACCCUGGUGAUUGCAAGAAUCUGUGCUAUAUUAUACAGUCUCAUAUGGAGAUGCUUGGAAAUGGCAAUGCAUUUGUUGUUGCAAGGCCACCUAAGGAUGCUUUUCGGGAAGCCAAAGCAAAUGGCUUUAGUGUUACAGUCCUCAGGAAAGGGGAGUUGCAGCUGAAUGUGGACCGGACACUGGAAGAGGUUGAGGAAGAAAUUACUGAGAUUGGUAGCAAGAUAUACCAUGAUAAGAUCAUGCAUGAACGCUCUGUGGAUAUAGGUGCCUUAAUGAAGGGUGUAUUUGGAACCAGCAAACCUGCUAAAAGGAGAAGAUCAAGGCGGAAACUGAGAAAGCCUAGAAAAUAAAGAAGAUAGUCAUCUUGAAACUUUCAAGAAGGGAACGUACCAACACUGUUGAGAAGAAAAGAGCAAGAAUUACAACAAAACAACCAAAUCAUUAAACGUUGUCAUUGGGAAAGCAGAGUAUAUGUUAUUGGCAAUUGUCCUGUGUUCAUCCUCUUCCAAAUGUGUUCAAUGCCCUGGGGGAUUUUGAUUUGCUAGAUUGAUUUUGACUACCAUGUUUAGGUAUCUACCGAGAAGUUCUAUUUCAAUGCUCAUUCCACACAUUACAAACCAUGGCUUCUUACAGCUUGCAGCCUGUGGUAGAACCUGUGUAAAUGAAGAAAAUUUCAAGAUGAGGACCACAAUUAGGAUUGUAGUUUAAAAGGGUGGAUCCUGAUGAACGAGGCUUCUUACUUGCAAGUGUUAAGCGAGUCGUUUUUUAUACUGUCUUACUCGUCUUAUAAAAAAUUAUUUUUGUAAUACUUGAAAAAUAAUCUUACUAUAAUAAUUAGUAUUGUACUUUAUUCA